GAGAGAGAUGGAAGGGGUUGCAUCCGCGAUAAGGUCGUUUUUGCCAGACCAGAGUUUGAUUUCAAGAUCACUACUAAUGGUUAUUCUGGUGUACUCGUUCUUUUCUCAUUUCCUUCCUAUCGAGCCGUAUCUUGUGCCUUACUUAAUUUCUGUUAAGCAUUUCACCAACUCUCAGGUUACAAUUGACAUAUUUCCUUAUGGUGUUUAUGCUCAACUUAUUUUUACAUUGCUCAUGGCACCCGCUUGCUUUUAUCUCUCACACAAAGUGGUUAUAGUUCUGGAUACUCUUAGGGGCUUUUGGGAUGCUCUUCAGUUACUUCAUCAUAUGGUGUGGGCAAUCUCUUCUUGCAGUGCAAAUUAUUCAGAUCACAUAUGGAUUUGGUGCGGCAGCACGCAUGGCCUUCUCAUCAUAUAUGUUUCUUCUUGUACCAGAAGAAGAAUAUCAACGCAUGACUAGUUUGACUACAACAACGUCACUUUUAUCUUUUGUGUUAGCUUCUGAACUGAGUCAGCUGCUAGCUCUUGUGAAAUUUUCUUACUCUAUUUUUCUGGGGUUGACUCUCACUUCACUGGGUAUAUGUUGUGUCACAGCUUUUCUGUUACCUAAGGACUGUCCUUCAAGUUUGAUCUAUAGUUCAGUAACUGCUUCUAGGGUCCAGAAUGAGGGUUGGAUUAGGCUCUUGGAGGAGACAUGGAAAGGGAGAAAUUUACAGAUUCUUUCUCUUUGGUGGGCUCUGGCUUAUGCAGGUUUCUCCCUCGUCCAAAUUUACGGGACAAACCUCUUUGAUGCAAUUGACUCUCAAUCAAAAUUUAAUGGGCAUGUUUUGGCUGCAUCUCAGGCAGCUGGAAGCCUGGGGGCAAUCUGUGCUGUUUAUAUUGAGCAGUAUACUAUCAAAUCUGGAGUGGUCAUCUAUGUAAUUGGAUCAGCAGUCAUGUGCAUUGUUUGUUUAGGCAUGGGAUUGUUGGCCAAGAUUUGGGUUGCUUACUUGUUGUAUGUAGUGAUUUCUGGCAUCUACCAGACUCUGACAUGUCUUGUCAGUGUGCAUUGUGGGCGGCUUCUAUCCAAUGGGAAGUUUAUCCUUCUCUUCUCUGUCAAUAACUUUGUGGGACUUCUCCUUGAGACGUUGCUACAAGCAGCACUUGAAAUCUCAAGGCUGUCUAUUUCCACACAGUAUGUCUGCUUUGCCGGAUUUUUCCUCCUUGCAACCGUAAUCUUCAUUGUCCUUCCCUUUGCUGAUGAUGAUGGGAAAAGUAAGAAUGAUUCUUCUUUGACAUCAAAUGAUGAACCUGAACCUUUGAUCUUAGAGACCAGAUGAUAAUCAUUAUUUUGAUUAAAAGUCGAAAUUGAGGUUAAUUAGUUUUCAAAUUAGAUAAUUUGUAUGUGUAUAUUCUGAUACAAAUGAGAAUUGUAAUUUAUACAUGUCUUUGUGGUUCCUUCUGAAGAUAGCUUAAUAUCCAUUUCCGUAACUGUAUCAUUAACAAAGCAUAAUUAUCAGUCAACUUGUUCC